AUGCUGGACUUAGAAGAUUUACUAGGUUUAGUGCAAACGCUUAUGCCAGAUAUUGCAAGCCUUGUGGGACAAGAGUCAAUCAACGAUAGUAGAAGCAAUAGCGAUAGCGACUGUGGACCCCCAGAAUUCGACUUACUCGAGGUCGUUGGCGACUUAGGAGACUCAUUGGAUUCAUUGUUUGACUUCAUUCCUUCUAUAGACGAAUUAUUCCCAAUUGAAGAAGAAGAAGAUAUUCUCGUCGAGAAACUACAUGAAAAGAUUCAGCUACCCCUGCUGAGCCGAUUUCUCCAAUUUAUGGCGCUGCGACACAAUCCCGAAGGCGAUUCUGGCCCCAUCUCUCAGGAUUCUCUGGGCUCAUCAAAAACAGACCCCCUCCUAGAAUGUGCGUCAGGAGCACCAGCUUUAACCCCAAGACCAACAACUCCACCUGUCCGCACCUUAAACCCCAUACCUAGCAACAAAACGCCCGCGCAGAAAACACGUGAUGAUUUGGCUAGUCUCAGGCCAUAUAGUUGUCUGUUCAGCUAUUGUCCAUGGAAAUCUAUCACAUAUGCUAGAAGAGAUGACUGGGUAGCACACGAGUUUGAACUCCACCGGCCACAUAAUGCCUUCGAGUGGCACUGUAGUGAUACAUGUGCUAAGGUUUUCGGAGAGAGGGAGGAGUUUGUACGCCACGUCCUAGAGGAUCAUCUAGAAGGAGCAGUCAUCGAAUCCGAUAUCAACGAUAUUGUAGAAAAUCGGAAAGUUAAAAUAUCAAAAGCUUGCAAUGACCGGAUCUCCUGUCCCUUUUGUUGUGAAGUUAUCCCAGAGACUAAGGAAUCCAUCGAACUUCAUAUUGGGACACAUAUGGAUGAAAUAGCUCUUAUGGCAUUGUCGGCAAGUCUAGAGAAUAAAAGCACUAAAUCCGCUAAACAUGAGAGCAAUAUCUCCAAAAAUCUCCCUAUACCUCAGGUCCUGAACAACCAGAGCUCUCCUAGCUCGCAGCAAUCUCGACCAACAUUCAACGCAGUCACAGCCGAUACUUCACAAACACUCGCCUAUAUACCCACCGCAGAUCCUUUAAUAACUCGUAGCACACAUCCAUCCUCUCCCCCUGGGAUGUCGACAACGUUCUGGACACUAAAUCAAGAGGAUAACAAUCUGGAUCCGGAUUCUCUGAGUCCUAGACGUACAAACACCAAUAUACUAUUCAACUCACCCACACAAGCUGGACACCAACACAUCUCUGACGACGAAUCUUAUGAUACGGAAUUCGGGGGUGCUGAGCAUUAA